AUGCCUCCCAAAAAACGCAACUCUGGAGCAGCACAGAACAAGGAAAUGAAGCUCAGCAUCAAAAACGCCUCCCCGGACAAGGAGAAUCCAGAUUUAACGUUAUCGAUUGAAAAGUAAGCUGCGUAUCCAUCUGUCGUAUUUAAUAAGAUAAUUAUUAACAUAUAUCGUACCCUGUUAUGUUUUGGACUAAAUUAUAACGUUAUUUUCUUUACGUCAAACGAUUGUUUGCUAACGUAACGUUACCACCAACAUCCCCCCACGAAAACAAGGCAAGACGAACAGCUGGGAAAACAUGCUAACUAGAGUUAUCCAUCAGUAGCUAACUAGCUAUAGCAUUAUUUGGGAAUAUGUGACAUGCCCCUUGUCUUAUUAGUUACAAGUUUACUUUUUUAAGUUUACUAACAUCAAGCUGUUAUUUUCCAGCUAGUUAGCAAUUUUAGGUUGAUAGAUGGCUAGAUUCAAAAACAAAUGUGUUCAAGUAGCUAGCUACUAGCUAGCUAAGGAUCUUACCAAAGGAGUUAGCCAGCCGUCUCACGACAGUCAUCACUUUCACUAAUAGGACAGAACUUACAUAGGGACCACACUAAAAUGACCCCAGUCCAUUUGAUCACGGUUCAUAGAUAUUAUUUCCCACUUCAGAAAUCUUGUUCAACAUUCGUAAGUAAGCGCUUGGACAUCGCAACAUUUGGGUUUGAAUUACAAGGCCUACCAUUGAGUGUUAGAAUGAUGGAGUUAAACCUAGAAUCCUUAGUUGAAACAAUAACAAAGGGUCACACUGCCUCUGUUUUGGUAAAAAUAUUAGGGAUGGGCCUGGAGAAAUGUAUCCGCUCUCAUAUUCAUAAACAGAGCUAUGGAUGCAAGGACUGACCAUCCAUGAUAUCAAUAGUAUAGUUUUAAGCAUGUUUUGAGGCUAUACAGUUUGUUUACAUUUACAUUAUUUAUAAACAUUGGAGUAAAACAAGCUUAUAUUUUGGGUUCUGAUGGGGUGCAACAAUUUAACUAAGCUCAUGAGGCAUUUAUAAGUUAUAUUCUUCAAGAAUCAAUGGGUAUAUAUCAUUCAUUUAUAAGUCAAAAAAUGGAUGUAGCAAGACAAUGACAAAAAAACAACACUAAUUCUACAUCAACAACUACAUGUACUUAUUGCUCCCCUCACAAAUCAUGACUGUCAAAACAGUGAUUUUUGAGUGCACAAUGUCCAAACUAAGUAUGGUUGAUCUAAAUGUGUCUAACUUUCUAUUUUUUUUAAACCGUCAGGCACAAAGAGAAGGAUGCAGACUUCGUUACUCUGUGUCAGAGUCUCCAGGUGACAGAUGCGGUGUGUGAUCGUGCCUGGACAAUAUGGAAGGCAGUUCAGGCCUCAGUGGACAAAGUUCCUGUACGUAUCCACCCAUUAUCCCCAAGUUACUAGUAGACUAUACAAUGUGUUUUAUCUACUGAUACCCUUUCUGUCUGCUCUGAUGAUGGAAAGAGUAUAACAAGUGAAUAAACAACUGAACAAUAACUAUUUGUCUCUGAAAUAAACAGGAUUCAAGGCUAUUCACACAGAGACUGACAAUACAAUGUUUUUCUUCUCUCUGUCAACACAGGAUACUCAAAAAAGGCUUUGGGGCGCUUGUCUGUUUGUGGCUGUGAUAGACUUGGAAGUUGCAAGUUUUACCUUUACUCAAAUCCAGAAGGCAGUGGAUCUGAAGUAAGUACUAGAUUCAGGUGUUCCAGUGGGGCCUUUGUCAGCUCCAGUGCCCAGAUCAGUUGACGUUUUCCCCUGGCAACCCUCUUUAGAGUAGCUUACUCACUGACAGGAUUGGGUAGAUUACUUUCUAAAUGUAAUCCGUUACAGUUACCAGUUAUAACAUAACUUGGAUUACUCAAACUCAGUAACAUAAUCUGAUUACUUUCAGUUACAUUUAGAUUACUUUCCCCUUAAGAGGAAUUAGAAGAAGACAAAAAUGUGGGUUGGUUAUGUAGGCUUCUUCUUAUCCAUUGCUUUCUACUACAGAUAAUAAUACGAUUAGGCUAUAUCUUUACGUUAAUAACCAAAGUCUGUCAUAUUUCCAGUCAUUACAAUUCAUUUAAUACCCCUUGAUCUUCAAGAAUAGGACUUGGAAAUAUGGAAUUAUACAGUGAGGGAAAAAAGUAUUUGAUCCCCUGCUGAUUUUGUACGUUUGCCCACUGACAAAGAAAUGAUCAGUUUAUAAUUUUAAUGGUAGGCUUAUUUGAACAGUGAGAGACAGAAUAACAACAACAAAAUCCAGAAAAACGCAUGUAAAAAAAUGUUAUAAAUUGAUUUGCAUUUUAAUGAGGGAAAUAAGUAUUUGACCCCCUCUCAAUCAGAAAGAUUUCUGGCUCCCAGGUGUCUUUUAUACAGGUAACGAGCUGAGAUUAGGAGCACACUCUUAAAGGGACUGCUCCUAAUCUCAGUUUGUUACCUGUAUAAAAGACACCUGUCCACAGAAGCAAUCAAUCAAUCAGAUUCCAAACUCUCCACCAUGGCCAAGACCAAAGAGCUCUCCAAGGAUGUCAGGGACAAGAUUGUAGACCUACACAAGGCUGGAAUGGGCUACAAGACCAUCGCCAAGCAGCUUGGUGAGAAGGUGACAACAGUUGGUGCGAUUAUUCGCAAAUGGAAGAAACACAAAAUAACUGUCAAUCACCCUCGGCCUGGGGCUCCAUGCAAGAUCUCACCUCGUGGAGUUGCAAUGACCAUGAGAACGGUGAGGAAUCAGCCCAGAACUACAUGGGAGGAUCUUGUCAAUGAUCUCAAGGCAGCUGGGACCAUAGUCACCAAGAAAACAAUUGGUAACACACUACGCCAUGAAGGACUGAAAUCCUGCAGCGCCUGCAAGGUCCCCCUGCUCAAGAAAGCACAUAUACAGGCCCGUCUGAAGUUUGCCAAUGAACAUCUGAAUGAUUCAGAGGAGAACUGGGUGAAAGUGUUGUGGUCAGAUGAGACCAAAAUGGAGCUCUUUGGCAUCAACUCAACUCGCCGUGUUUGGAGGAGGAGGAAUGCUGCCUAUGACCCCAAAAACACCAUCCCCACCAUCAAACAUGGAGGUGGAAACAUUAUGCUUUGGGGGUGUUUUUCUGCUAAGGGGACAGGUCAACUUCACCGCAUCAAAGGGACGAUGGACGGCGCCAUGUACCGUCAAAUGUUGGGUGAGAACCUCCUUCCCUCAGCCAGGGCAUUGAAAAUGGGUCGUGGAUGGGUAUUCCAGCAUGACAAUGACCCAAAACACACGGCCAAGGCAACAAAGUAGUGGCACAAGAAGAAGCACAUUAAGGUCCUGGAGUGGCCUAGCCAGUCUCCAGACCUUAAUCCCAUAGAAAAUCUGUGGAGGGAGCUGAAGGUUCCAGUUGCCAAACGUCAGCCUCGAAACCUUAAUGACUUGGAGAAGAUCUGCAAAGAGGAGUGGGACAAAAUCCCUCCUGAGAUGUGUGCAAACCUGGUGGCCAACUAUAAGAAACGUCUGACCUCUGUGAUUUCCAACAAGGGUUUUGCCACCAAGUACUAAGUCAUGUUUUGCAGAGGGGUCAAAUACUUAUUUCCCUCAUUAAAAUGCAAAUCAAUUUAUAACAUUUUUGACAUGCGUUUUUCUGGAUUUUGUUGUUGUUAUUGUGUCUCUCACUGUUCAAAUAAACCUACCAUUAAAAUUAUAGAUUGAUCAUGUCUUUGUCAGUGGGCAAACGUUCAAAAUCAGCAGGGGAUCAAAUAUUUUUUUCCCUCACUGUAGAUUAGCCAAAUUGUUUUACCUGAGCAUAACCCAAAAAUGAAGGACUUGUUAGCGUACUCUGUUUAUGAUUUUGUUGUCAUGAUGGACUGAUUGGGCUCAUUGCUUUGAGUUGAAAAAGAAAUGCUACUCUCGGAAUGGCAUGCUUUGAGCACUACUGAAAAGUGCUAUUUGCAUGUGAAAUAUGUAUGCCAUAUGCUGCAUUUGCUAUAGGCCUACUGUUUACGUUUUUGUUGGUGACAUUUUGAUAUUUAGAUCAUUUGCAGCUAACUAUCGAAAGUGUGCGAGUUUGAGCUUAUGUCCGUUAGGCCUAUGGACUUUUUGUUGUUGCACAAAUUAUCUUGAGCAAUAAAAGCCCCACUCGUAGUCUUCUCCAAUUUAAGCUAGUUUUUGACAGUAUGGAGAACAAUAAGAGAACUCCAUCAAACCUUUAUUCCAUAGGCUGGGAUCUGCACUAUGCAGCUGUUGCAAGAGCGCAUUUUUCACUGGCUGUCCUGGUCGCAAAAACAAUGAUUGAUAGGCAGCUUAAACUUCUUCAGUUCAACUAUUAUUGGGUUAAAAUAUACAUACAUUUGUGAACAGCAAUCCACAACAACCACAAUCCGUAAGGUGCAAAUAGCUAAAUGAGAGAACAGCAGUGUGAUUCACAUCAAUGCGCUUUGUAGAUAUAUCAAUAAUAAUUUAAAUCCGUAUUGCCCGAAGACUACUGCUGUCGUCCUUACCUCCAAACGUUUAUUCAAAUUGGAUAAUCUUUGGAUGCCGACAGCAGUUGCACCAUUGAAAGACAGCUUGAACUUUAGCCUACAAAAGCCUGUUCCUGCUCGUUUCCCGCGAACCAUGGAGUUGGGUCGAGGAGUCGUUGAUGCAGCCGCUCCUCUCUGUCUUUCUGCUGCGCGUAUCAGACAAACUGCCUGAAUAUUGAUGAUGUAGGCUAAAUCAAGUGUAUCAAGCGUUAAUCAAAUGUUAUGCUGCUGUGGCAGUACUGUGGAUAUUUAAACUAGAUAGCUACCUAUAGGGACUUGACUGGUGACCGCAUCGCUUGAGCCAUGCAUGUUUGGAUACCGGCGUCAGACUGGAAAACGGGCACAACCGGGCGUGCGAGCUCCGUACAGGGCAGAUCAACAGGCUCAACCAACGGACAAGGUGGGGGAUGGCGAACUUGACGUCACGAUGACUUGCAGGCAGUGGGUUACGAACAACAAUGACAAAACAUUUAUACAGCAUUUUUUGGGGGGAAAUUAUACUACCACCCAAAAGGGAACUUUGAGACUGGAAGGGCAAAGGGGCAUGUGCUCUGCACAUGUAGUGCACUAUCUGAACACGUGCCUGCCUCUGUUAUAAUGAGGAAUGCAUAUAUCAGCCGAAGUCUCCAUAUUAAAAGUACAGGCCAAAAUACAAACAAAGCAGGUGUUUGGCAUCACAGAUUUUGAUAGCACGUUAUCAGCCAAUUGAACACAUUUCAAUUCUUGUUUACAAUGAGAUGCAGUUCUAGCAGUUUCGUGUAUACUCUUGUGUGCAGUGUGAAGCAGUUCCUGGGCCUGCUGAAGAAGAUGGAUGUGAACCUGGAUACCAUCAGCACCAAGGUGAACUCAGCAGUCACCCGACUGGAGAAGAAGUAUGAUGUGUCACGGGCACUCUACCAGAGGUUUGAGAAGUGAGUGGGAGUAUCUUAACGUCAUGUUACUUCAUGGCUAGUUUUUAUAGUUUAUCUUCAGCCUUUUUGAUGUCUAACAGUGUGGUGACUAAUAGUGCUCUACCUCUAGGUGGCAGUGUAGUUUGUCUGGUCCCCUUUGUCUGCUUUUGUUUUUAUCCAGCUUUGGAUUUUCACAAAAAUGCAAACUUCAGAGUACACAACCUGGAUCUGAGCUGUUUAGUAAUGUAAUUAUGUGCCCACAUUGUAUUUGAUAUGCAAUAUUUAUCACUACUUAUCUUGUUUCAGGACAUGCAGCAAAAUCUAUGCAGUGGAUUCAGAAGCAAAGUAAGUGAAUAAAAAGUGCCGAAAUACCACCAAUUUGAAUGAUAGUAUCUGCCACAAUGGUAAUCAUUGCUAUCUUUUAAACCGUGUCUUCACCCAAUCCCAUUUAUCCAAAAGUAAAUGAGGGUCAAUGUUGAUAAUGGGGAGUUUGCUCCCAAUAUGUGAUGUAAUGUGAAUAAUGUUCUCUGUGUUCCAGGGGGAAAGAAAUCCUGCGGAGCUGCUGGACAAUGUUCCUUUUGGCUAAGGGUGGGUCAGCCGUUGUUGAUCACUAACAUUGUAAAUGUAUUUUUUUGCAAGGCGAAGAACAACAAACCAUUUGUAGAUGUAGGGCUCGGAGAUGGUUUCCAUCUUUCACUUCUUAUGCUUUCCCUCUCCAUCUCUGAGUUCUGGCGAGAUAAACAGCAGGUUUCUGUCCAUGGGUCUGUUUCUCCCAUGACACUGUUAAGACAGGCCAGUGUUAUGAUACUGCUCCUGAUGUGCGUUGUCUGCUGUCUGCAGGAAGGGCUCUGCAGAUGGAGGAUGACCUGGUCAUAUCCUUCCAUCUGAUGGUGUGUGUUUUGGAGUUCUUCAUCAGGCGUUGCCCGCCCAGCCUUCUGCAGCCACUUUACCGUAAGUCAGGCUCUGACUCCUUUCCCUCUACUACUGCAAGCCUCAUGCCCUUGCAUAGACAUUCUCCCACAUUUGCAUUGGUCAACUGCCCCUAUCACUGUCAUUACUCAACUAAAAAAAGUGAAAGUUACCUUUUUAAUAUAACACAUACGUUCAGUGUGUUAUAUUACCACGUCUGAUACGUUCUGUAGAUAAAUGGUUAUAAAAUCUAACCUUUUAACCUCUGCCCUCAGAAUCGGCCAUCAGCACAGGCCAGAGCCCCCCAACAAGAACCUCCCGUCGCAAUCAGAGCAAAGCCAAGCCCCGUCAAGCCCCUCAAGAGGUGGACGUGCAGCUCCUGGAGACCCUCUGCAAAGAGAACGACUGCAGCGUGGAAGAGGUUCACACUACGUUUUGACUCAUUUACACUCAUGCCUUGUCAGCUUGUUGUAGCUUUAGAUCCCAGUCCCCCACGUAAAAAUCCACUACCCCUUUAAGUAGGGCUCUAAAUUAACAUUUAGUAGGGCUCUAAAUUAACAGUUUUAGCACUGGUGCUCCCAACUUAAAAUAUUUUUUUAAUUGAUUGAGAUACAACCUAUAUUGGGCCUAUAUGAAUUCUAACUACUUUUAAAGCAUAUGUUGUGCCCUAGAAGCUAAUAUGUAACUCUGUAAAUACACACGUUUUUUAUAAAAGCUAAAAUGUUGAUAUGAAUACCUGUCAUCGAAAUUACAAAGUCAUUUGUGGAAUAUUAGGUUUCUACAUUGUGUAAAAACACUAUUUUCCUAUUGAGAUGCAUUACGUUAAAUUGUGCACAGUCUCUUUAAAAACGUCAGGUUUGUGAUGACGACAUGCAAGAGAUCUGUCAUUUAUUUAUUGCUAUGAUCAUUGAUCUCCUGAAGAAGAAGCUAUACAUUUCUUUCUCUGUCCUCAAUGUUUGGAUAUACUGGUAAAGUUGUUAGCUAGCUAGCCAAUGAGGUAACAUUGAAAAGUGUAAACUAAUGUUUAACGACGUCGAGAGUUUUAGAACGGCCAAUGACAUGGUUUAUAAAAGUAAAAUUGUCCCGCCAAUCUGCUAUAUGAAGAUAAAAAUGUUGAUAUUAUGGGUCAGAUAUUUUGACCUGGUUGGGCUAGAAGCAAGCCGUUUUUGCUGUAGUAAUGGUGCAACUAUGAUGCUAACGAAUCUGCACUCGGUUGUUUCUCUAGGGCACUUGGAAACAACAGUACAGCGAAGCCUUUUAUUACAACAACUAUAAUCUGGGAGAUUUUAAUCAUAGUUGCACAGUGCUCCCAAAAUAAAACUCCUGGUCGCACACCAAAAUAUAUGGCAUUGGUCGUAUUUUAGAGCCCUGCCUUGUAUUGUUUGAAUAUUGUUGCAUUUUACAUUUGUGUGACUGUCCUUGUCUAAGUGUUUCAAUAUUUUGUUACUUGUCAUGUUUUUUGUCGACCCCAGGAAGAAUAGCUGCUACAUCUCUAAAAGUUAAUGGGGAUCCAAAUAAACAAACACCCAAUCCACUUAUAAGGUCAAAAUUCUAAUAAAAGUUUGUCUCAUACACAGUUUAGCAGAUGUUAUAGUGGGUGCAGUGAAAUGCUUGUUACUAACAGUGCAGUCAAACAAGUAAUAAAAUAAUAAUAAUAAUCAAAAAUAGAAACAUAAAAUCACGAAUGUCAGGGUGAAUUCAGCUAACCCAAACAAAAUUGUAUCAGUAAUCCAAAUGUAAUCUAUGCGUAUAUACACCAGAAAGAUAUACAUCUACUGCUGUACAUAUCAUUCUUAGUAUUAGUGAGCUAUGUCAAGAAUCCAGUAGAUAAAUACAGGCGGUGUGUAUAAACAGUGUAACAAAAAAUACAAUGUACAGUAGUAGAUAUAUUAGAAUGAGCUAUGUGAAGAAUACAGUAUAUGAAUACAGUGCAUUCAGAAAGUAUUCAGACCCCUUCACUUUUUCCACAUUUUGUUAAGUUACAGCCUUAUUCUAAAAUGGAUUCAAUUGUUUAUUUUUCCUCAAUCUACAGACAAUACCCCAUAAUGACAAAGCAAAAACAGCUUUUUAGAAAUCUUAGCAAAUGUAUUAAAAAUAAAAAACAGUUACCUUAUUUACAUAUGUAUUCCAUGUUUCCAUUGAUCAUCCUUCAGAUGUUUGUACAACUUGGAGUCCAUCUGUGGUAAAUUCAAUUGAUUGGACAUGAUUUGGAAAGGCACACACCUGUCUAUAUAAGGUCCCACAGUUGACAGUGCAUGUCAGAGAAGAACCAAGCCAUGAGGACUACGGAAUUGUCCGUAGAGCUCCGAGACAGGAUUGUGUCGAGGCACAGAUCUUGGGAAGGGUACCAAAAUAUUUCUGCAGCAUUGAAGGUCCCCAAGAACACAGUGGCCUCCAUCAUUCUUAAAUGGAAGAAGUUUGGAACCACCAAGACUCUUCCUAGAGCUGGCGGCCCGGCCAAACUGAGCAAUCGAGGGAGAAGGGCCUUGGUCAGUGAGGUGACCAAGAACCCGAUGGUCACUCUGACAGAGCUCCAGAGAAACUUCCAGAAGGACAACCAUCUCUGCAGCACUCCACCAAUCAGGCCUUUAUGGUAGAGUGGCCGGACGGAAGCCGCUCCUCAGUAAAAGGCACAUGACCGCCCACUUGGAGUUUGCCAAAAGGCACCUAAAGGACUCUCAGACAAUGAGAAACAAGAUUCUCUGGUCUGAUAAAAGAUGAACGGAGCAAAGUACAGAGAGAUCCUUGAUGAAAACCUGCUCCAGAGCGCUCAGGACCUCAGACUGGGGCGAGGUUCACCUUCCAACAGGACAACGACCCUAAGGACACAGCCAAGAGAACGCAGGAGUGGCUUCGGGACAAGACUCUGAAUGUCCUUGAGUGGCCCAACCAGAGCCUGGACUUCAACCCAAUUUGAACAUCUCUGGAGAAACCUGAAAAUAGCUGUGCAGUGAUGCUCCCCAUCCAACCUGACAGAGCUUGAGAGGAUAUGCAGAGCUAUGCCAAAGGUGCUUCAACAAAGUACUGAGUAAAGGGUCUGAAUACUUAUGUAAAUGUGAUAUUUCUGUUUUUUAUUUUUUUUAUAAAUUUGGAAACCUUUCUAAAAACCUGUUUUUGCUUUGUCAUUAUGGGGUAUCGUGUGUUGAUUGAUGAGGGGGGGGGGAACAAUUUAAUCCAUUUUUGAAUAAGGCUGUAACUUAACAAAAUGUGGAAAAAGUGAAAGGGUCUGAAAUGCUUUCCGAUUGCCCUGUAUACAGUGUGUAAAACAGUAAGAAACGGUCCAGUGUUUAAUGUCUAUAUAGACAUGGGACAGCAGCGUUGGCUGUUUGUGAGUAAGUUGAUGUAAUUCAGUUAUUUCUGUCACACAGAAUGGAUGUGGUUCAGCCUGUUCAUUUACAUGGCUGUGAAGUCUGUUUGUUUGGGUGUUCUGUGUGUCUGUCAUCUCAUUGGUCAUCUGUUGUACUUGUGUUCAAGGUGAAGAGUGUGUACCAGACCAGUUUCUCUGCUUUCCUGGACUCCAUGAGCCUCUCUGGGACUUGGGACCUUCCUCAGGUAGGAACCACACACUACAUUAAAUGCUGGAGCUUAUUGCUCUGACCCAGGUUAUAUAGUCUCACAAGGGGUCUGAGGAUCUCAUCUCGGUACCUAAUGGCAGUCAGGCUACCUCUGGCGAGCACAUGGAGGGCUGUGCGGCCCCCCAAAGAAAUGCAACCCCACACCAUGACUGACCCACCGCCAAACCGGUCAUGCUGGAGGAUGUUGCAGGCAGCAGAACAUUCUCCACUGCGUCUCCAGACUCUGUCACAACAGCGUGUGAAAUGUAUUGUCAAUCAGUGUUGCUUCCUAAGUGGACAGUUUGAUUUCACAGAAGUGUGAUUGACUUGGAGUUACAUUGUGUUGUUUAAGUGUUCCCUUUAUUUUUUUGAGCAGUGUAUAUGACAGCCAUCGGUAAACAGAUCAGUGUUUUUCAGCCAGUAUUGAGUGUGUGAGUGUCUGAAAGCUGUUCUGUCAGGAUGUGUUUGUACUGCAAUGUUUGGCAGCUGGAUUUUCAUUAGAUGUGGUGUCUCAGGACAGUAUAUUACAGGGGCAGGUAUGGAGAAGAAAUAGGUGUUAAUAUUGACUUUGAAAUGACAACGAUUUGUCUUAUAGCAGGACUAUUUCCCCAGUAGCCAGGAAACAGUCACAAGGGUUGACAAUGACAGCGGUUUAAUAGGCAUUUUAUUUAAUCUCUGCCAGUACAGUAGCUACAUUAACAUGUGUUGUUAGUUUGUUGUAACGACUCAAUAAUAAUUUUUCACCAGUCAUGGGGUAUGAUAUGAUUCAUGGUGUCAGUCUGCCUAAAUCGUCAUGGUAGAGGUGUUUUCCACACUUCCAUCCACGCAAAACCAUACCUUUAUCCAAAAGUGCUGAAGUUUCUGUGGAAUUGUGAAAUUUACCUGGAAUAACCAUUAUGUAAUUUAGUUCCUGUCAGAGCCUGUCUUGACCUCCUGUUGACUUUUCAGGUGACUGACCUCAACAAGCAGUAUGAGGAACUCUACUUCAAGAGUAGAGACUUUGACAGUAGGCUGUUCUUGGAUAAUGAUGAGACACUUCUCACUCCCAAAGUAGAACCGUAAGUAGAACUACAAGUAAUGUUUACAUAAUUUUGAAGUAUUUUCUCUGACAAAGAAAGUCUCACUAUACCUAGUACUUUAUAGUGUAUAAUAUCCAUUCACUUCUCCUCUCAGAAUGCAGGUGGAAAGGACACCAAGGAAGAACCUGCCUGAAGAGGAUGUUGUUCUCAUCCCCCCACAGACGCCUGUCAGGUGAGCCCCCUUUGACCUCCACUCCUUAGCCCUUACCAUCAGCUGACUGUCCAUCCUCCACUGGCUAGGACAGCGUGUUCCCCUGGACCAACAGAUGCUUACUCCUAUGAUGUUUGACAGUCCUGUCCAGGGGGUGUACAGUGAGGGAAAAAAGUUUUUGAUCCCCUGCUGAUUUUGUACGUUUGCCCACUGACAAAGAAAUGAUCAGUCUAUAAUUUUAAUGGUAGGUUUAUUUGAACAGUGAGAGACAUAAUAACAACAACAAAAAUCCAGAAAAACGCAUGUCAAAAAUGUUAUAAAUUGAUUUGCAUUUUAAUGAGGGAAAUAAGUAUUUGACCCCAUCUCAAUCAGAAAGAUUUCUGGCUGCCAGGUGUCUUUUAUACAGGUAACGAGCUGAGAUUAGGAGCACACUCUUAAAGGGAGUGCUCCUAAUCUCAGCUUGUUACCUGUAUAAAAGACACCUGUCCACAGAAGCAAUCAAUCGGGGACAAGAUUGUAGACCUACACAAGGCUGGAAUGGGCUACAAGACCAUCGCCAAGCAGCUUGGUGAGAAGGUGACAACAGUUGGUGCGAUUAUUCGCAAAUGGAAGAAACACAAAAGAACUGUCAAUCUCUCUCGGCCUGGUGCUCCAUGCAAGAUCUCACCUCAUGGAGUUGCAAUGAUCAUGAGAAUGGUGAGGAAUCAGCCCAGAACUACACGGGAGGAUCUUGUCAAUGAUCUCAAGGCAGCUGGGACUAUAGUCACCAAGAAAACUAUUGGUAACACACUACGCCGUGAAGGACUGAAAUCCUGCAGCGCCGGCAAGGUCCCCCUGCUCAGGAAAGCACAUAUACAGGCCCGUCUGAAGUUUGCCAAUGAACAUCUGAAUGAUUCAGAGGAGAACUGGGUGAAAGUGUUGUGGUCAGAUGAGACCAAAAUGGAGCUCUUUGGCAUCAACUCAACUCGCCGUGUUUGGAGGAGGAGGAAUGCUGCCUAUGACCCCAAGAACACCAUCCCCACCAUCAAACAUGGAGGUGGAAACAUAAUGCUUUGAGGGUGUUUUUCUGCUAAGGGGACAGGACAACUUCACCGCAUCAAAGGGGCGAUGGACGGGGCCAUGUACCGUCAAAUCUUGGGUGAGAACCUCCUUCCCUCAGCCAGGGCAUUGAAAAUGGGUUGUGGAUGGGUAUUCCAGCAUGGCAAUGACCCAAAACACACGGCCAAGGCAACAAAGGAGUGGCUCAAGAAGAAGCACAUUAAGGUCCUGGAGUGGCUUAGCCAGUCUCCAGAACUUAAUCCCAUAGAAAAUCUGUGGAGGGAGCUGAAGGUUCGAGUUGCCAAACGUCAGCCUCGAAACCUUAAUGGCUUGGGGAAGAUCUGCAAAGAGGAGUGGGACAAAAUCCCUCCUGAGAUGUGUGCAAACCUGGUGGCCAACUACAAGAAACGUCUGACCUCUAUGAUUGCCAACAAGGGUUUUUCCACCAAGUACUAAGUCAUGUUUUGCAGAGGGGUCCCUCAUUUAAAAUGUAAAUCAAUUUAUAACAUUUUUGACAUGUGUUUUUCUGGAUUGUGUUGUUGUUAUUCUGUCUCUCACUGUUCAAAUAAACCUACCAUUAAAAUUAUAGACUGAUCAUUUCUUUGUCAGUGGGCAAACAUACAAAAUCAGCAGGGGAUCAAAUACUUUUUUCCCUCACUGUACUUGUACAUCAACUGCUUCACACUACAGAACAAGGAGCUCCUGCCCUAUGGGCUGUUCUGGCUCAGACAAGGCUUACUUACCUAUUGUCGUGACGUGACUUUCAUUAAUAUGAUGACUGUUAUUUAUCAAAUCAACUAUGUUUAAUUGUUACUUGAUUAAUUUAAUCAUGUAACAAUUAACUCAUUAGGAUUUGGGGCACCACGGAAUAAGUUGUUUAUAGAGUUACCAUCUCCCGAAUUAAACUCAAAGGUCUUUACCUAUCAAUGUGUAUAAAACAGUCAACGUAUUAAUCAUUACCUCUUAUCAGUCGUCAUUCUGAACGGUCGUAGACUUCUUGGAUCUGCAAGAACCCCAGCUUUACUUAUGAUUCAGCACUACGCAAAUUGGUUUAGUUCUUUAUUUACUAGCUAACUAAAUAAUAACACAGAAUAACAUACACACUUAAUACAUGAGAAAAAGUCCCUAGCGGACUAACAACAACAUGACUGCCUGGUUAUCAAAAGAGGGACAUUUACAUUUACAUCAUUUAUUAGACGCUCUUAUCCGAAUUACAAAUUGGUGCAUUCAACUUAUGAUAGCCAGUGGGACAACCACUUUUAUUUUUUUAUUUUGUGGGGUUGGGGGGGUAGAAGGAUUACUUUAUACUAUUCCAGGUAUUCCUUAAAGAGGUAGGGUUUCAAGUGUCUCCGGAAGGUGGUCAGUGACUCCGCUGUCCUGGUGUCGUGGGGGAGCUUGUUCCACCAUUGGGGUGCCAGAGCAGCAAAUAGCUUUGACUGGGCUGAGCGGGAACUGUGCUUUCGUAGAGGUAGGGGAGCUAGCAGGCCAGAGGUGGAUGAAUGUAGUGCCCUCGUUUGGGUGUAGGGUCUGAUCAGAGCCUGAAGGUAAGGAGGUGCCGUUCCCCUCACAGCUCCGUAGGCAAGCACCAUGGUCUUGUAGUAGAUGCGAGCCUCAACUGGAAGCCAGUGGAGUGUGCGGAGGAGCGGGGUGACAUGAGAGAACUUGGGAAGGUCGAACACCAGACGGGCUGCGGGCGUUCUGGAUAAGUUGUAGGGGUUUAAUGGCACAGGCAGGGAGCCCAGCCAACAGCGAGUUGCAGUAAUCCAGACGGGAGAUGACAAGUGCCUGGAUUAGGACCUGUGCCGCUUUCUCUGUAAGGUAGGGUCGUACUCUGAGAAUGUUGUAGAGCAUGAACCUGCAGGAUCGGGUCACCGCAUUGAUGUUAGCGGAGAACGACAGGGUGUUGUCCAGGGUCACGCCAAGGUUCUUUGCACUCUGGGAGGAGGACACAAUGGAGUUGUCAACCGUGAUGGCGAGAUCAUGGAGCGGGCAGUCCUUCCCCGGGAGGAAGAGCAGCUCCGUCUUGCCGAGGGUCAGCUUGAGGUGGUGAUCCGACAUCCACACUGAUAUGUCUGCCAGACAUGCAGAGAUGCGAUUCGCCACCUGGUUAUCAGAAGGGAGAAAGGAGAAAAUGUAUUGUGUGUCGUCUGCGCAGUAAUGAUAGGAGAGACCAUGUGAGGAUAUGACAGAGCCAAGUGACUUGGUGUAUAGAGAGAAUAGGAGAGGGCCUAGAACUGAGCCCUGGGGGACACCAGUGGUGAGAGCACGUGGUGCGGAGACAGAUUCUCGCCACGCCACCUGGUAGGAGCGACCUGUCAGAUAGGAUGCAAUCCAAGGGUGAGCAGCGCCGGAGAUGCCCAACUCGGAGAGGGUGGAGAGGAGGAUCUGAUGGUUCACAGUAUCAAAGGCAGCGGAUAGGUCUAGGAGGAUAAGAGCAGAGGAGAGAGAGUUAGCUUUAGCAGUGCGGAGAGCCUCCGUGACACAGAGAAGAGCAGUCUCAGUUGAAUGACCAGUCUUGAAACCUGACUGGUUUGGAUCAAGAAGGUCAUUCUUAGAGAGAUAGCAGGAGAGUUGUCUAGAGACGGCACGCUCAAGAGUUUUGGAGAGAAAAGAAAGAAGGGAUACUGGUCUGUAGUUGUUGACAUCGGAGGGAUCGAGUGUAGGUUUUUUGAGGAGGGGUGCAACUCUCGCUCUCUUGAAGACGAAAGUGACAUGGCCAGCGGUCAAGGAUGAGUUGAUGAGCGGGGUGAGGUAAGGGAGAAGGUCUCCGGAAAUGGUCUGGAGAAGAGAGGAGGGGAUAGGGUCAAGUGGGCAGGUUGUUGGGCGGCCGGCCGUCACAAGUCGCAAGAUUUCAUCUGGAGAGAGAGGGGAGAAAGAAGUCAAAGCAUAGGGUAGGGCAGUGUGAGCAGGACCAGCGGUGUCAUUUGACUUAAUAAAUGAGAAUCGGAUGUCGUCAACCUUCUUUUCAAAAUGGUUGACGACCAAAGAGACAGAGACACUUAUCGUUGAUACAUUUGGAAACUACCCUCAAAGUAAUCAUAAUACUUUGCUCACGAACCACCGCCCGUUUGGAGUAAGAAAUCAUGAAUGUAUUUACGUGUUUGCCGUCGUCUAUCUCUGUUGAAACCAAUCAAUCCUUCUAUGGGGAAGGGGUCGGUUGGUGUAAGGCUCUGGUUGUCCACCAGAGGUCACAAUGUCCUUCUUCUUAGUUGUCCUUGCUUAUAGUGGAGUCUCUCCAGAACAGCUACUUAGCUGUCCCAGUGAUUGUCUGAGAGGGGAGCUUUCUUCUCCACCUUGUGUGGUUAGUCAGAGUUUGAACCACUUUACACGCACAGCUGCAGCCUGGCAAUGUUCGGGUCUAGUCUGAGAGGUGAUCUUCUUCACCUCGUGUUGAGGUUCAACGUUCCAACCAUUUUCAGACGUGUAGACCGCCGUCUUUCUGGUCUAAUGUUAAUUCCGUUACCAAGGCUUUUUAUGCACUCUGGUUAAAGGGCCGUUCCAUCAUGCUGACACAGUCUCUGAGCUCACUCGGGGCGUGGCUAAUUACUGGUGCAAAGUAUAAUCAAAAACUAGGAUCUUGUUAGAAAACUAAAAUCACAUCUUAACAAAAAUACUUUCAUAAUUUUCCAUAUACACAAUGUAUUGGAUGAAACUUGACAGAUACUUUUCAAGUUACAGUAUUUUCUUGAUACCAUUCUUAAUGACAUCACAAAAUAAUAAACAAUAUGACAUGAUUAUUCUUUAGGUCCCCACUGACCAUUCCCCACAUUCUUAUCUUAUAAAUAUUGUUCCAGUGUUUACUUUUUGGCUGCAAAAGUCUUCUGGAGACAAAGGGACAUUCCAAUCACCAAUAUUGGAGGUGUAGCAAGAGAUUCCCCUCCUGCCUAAUUUACGACCGGGUGUGAGGUGCCAAAACCGGCCCAGUCCCCCUUCCCCUCUUCUGUGGGUGAGAGAGGGUCUGGUUGUCAGCCAUUGCCAAGCUGAUCUGAGGCCUUAGAUCCUCACACAGGACAGUCAUGACACUAUGAUGUUUGAUAGGUCGUUUUGCCUUCUCAAAGUCAUGCGUAUUAAGCAGAAACUAUUGAUAGAAAAACCCUGGAGAUAUGAAAUCAACAUGCGCGCGAUGGCAUACGCGGAUGCACGCGUAUGCCUGGUCUAGUCAGCAUGUCAGUUGAUUAAACGGUUUCUGUCUCGUUGAUUCCUAACAUUAUAUUAAUCAUGCGUUUUCACCCCAUGUCUUUGCAGAGCUGCCAUGAACUCCAUCGCACAGUUGAGGGUUGAUCUCACCUCCUCUGGCGACCAGCCCUCUGCCAACCUGGCAGUGUAUUUCAAGGUACGUUUCACCACGACUGUGUUUAAGGGUUAACCUCACCUGCCAUACCAUUUGAAUCAUAUAGCUCAAGUCAUUUUGGGGGUAUGUCCUGCACUUUUAACCCUCUCCUCCUUCCCAUCCUCUUGUUGUGACAGAACUGCACAGUGGACCCAACAGAGGAGGUGUUGCAGCGUGUGGAGAGUCUGGGUCAGCUGUUCAGCCAGAGGUUUGGUGAGGCUGUCGGACCACGCUGUGUGGGGCUGGGCAAACAGGUACCACCUGGCUAAAAUACAGCAUACUAUACAGAGGAAUUGCAUUACUUGAGACAAGGGGGGUGGUCUAAACUGUUGAUACAGAGGGGGUUUUCCACUUUGAGACCUGACAGAAAUAAUAAUCAUGCCACCUUGUGAAACUGGUGUAUAAUGUUUGGUUGAUACAGUGCAUUCAGACCACACUAUAUGACACUAUGUAGUCAUAAACUCAUUAAUGUCUUUUCCUUCUCUUCAUCAGAGGUUCACCCUUGGUAUCCGGUUGUAUUACAGAGUCAUGGAGUCCAUGCUGAAAUCGGUAAAUUACUUGGUCUAAUUCCUAUUUCGGUUUUACCUCCAUAUUUUCAGAAAUGUCUGACAAAUUCUAAAAAAUCUAUUUUUCCCCAAUAGGAAGAGAAAAGGCUUUCGGUGCAGAAUUUCAGGUAUGCAACAGAACAAAAUGUGCUCAUCUCACCAGAAUUAAAAUGAUUUAUUCUUAAAUUACUCUCAACAAACAAAAAAUUAUACUAAUAUAGCUGCAGGGUGUAUACUGCAGUGUACUGCCCAUUUCCCUGACCUAAGUCAUGUGAUUUCCGUUCCAGUAAACUCCUCAAUGACUCCACAUUCCACACAUCGCUCCUGGCCUGCGCUUUGGAGGUCGUCAUGGCAACCUAUGGUGGUGAGUUUCUUCAGAAGCCACAGUCACUCACUGCUAAUUGGUGCAGUCAUCUGGAUGAGCCUAUAGAUUAUUCUACCAGCCUUUAAUAGCCAUAUACUCACUUCUCAUAGAACACGCUAAUAGUAUUAAUAGAAUUAGCAACAUGCAUACAUGUUACAAUGCAGUCUGUCAUUAGUUGUAACUACUUCCCUUUUAAUAACAUUUCUAAACAGGAUCAUAAUCAAUAUAACACAGAUGAGCUAUGAGUCAUGAUUUCACUGUCUCUGUUGUCCUCCAAUCAGGGAGCACCUUAAAGAACGGUGGCUAUAGCAACGGUGGUGUUCCCGUGGAGACGGACCUGUGCUUCCCAUGGAUCCUGGACGUGUUCCAGCUGACAGCAUUUGACUUCUACAAGGUGAUCGAAAGCUUCAUCAAGGCAGAGCCCAGCCUGAGCAAAGACAUCGUCAAGCACCUGGAGCGCUGCGAACACCUCAUCAUGGAGACCAUCGCCUGGAGGGCGGUACGUCACUCACAGCCAGUCUUAUCACAUAGUUACAUUAUGACAUAA